UGCAGCCCCCGCCCCCCCUCAUCCUCCAGCAGCUGCCCGUCGGCAGAAGUGAAAUGUGACCGGACCAGGUAGCAACAUGAACGGGCCUCAGCUCAGUGAUCUCCCGGACGACUCGGAGCAGCUGGAUCCGCAUGUGAGCGGCCUGAGGCAGAGAGCCCUGCAGAGCAGCGAGCUGUCCGCAGUCAGGAACUUCUCCCGCGGCUUCCUCCUCAAGUUCCUGCGGGCCAGAGACUUCGACGUGGAGCGCUGUCUGAAGCUGUUACUGAACUAUCAGCGUUGGCGGAGGGAGAGUCCUGAGAUCAGCGGCUGUCUGUCUCCCUCCUCUGUGUUGGGCCUCCUCAGCACAUCAUAUCAUGCCGUUCUUCCACAGCGGGACCAUGCAGGCAGCAGGGUGCUCGUCUACAGGAUCGGGCAGUGGAACCCCAAAGACUGGUCGGCAUUCCAGGUGUUCCAGGUCAGCCUGAUGACAUCAGAGAUCAUCUGCAUGGAGACACAAACGCAGAGGCGAGGUCUAAAGGUUAUAUUUGACCUACAGGGGUGGUGUUUAGGCCAUGCCAUGCAGAUUAACCCUUCCAUCGCCAAAAAGAUAUCCUCUGUCCUUUCGGAAUCGUUUCCAUUGAAAGUCAGAGGAAUUCAUCUGGUCAAUGAGCCAAUGUUCUUUUGGACGGUCUUUGCCAUUAUUCGUCCCUUCCUGCCAGAUAAGAUCAAACAAAGGAUCCAUAUGCAUGGUGCCAAUUUCCAAGAAAGUUUAACUGACUUCUUCUCACCGGCCGUCCUACCUCCAGAAUACGGAGGGGAAGGGCCUGAAAUAGAGGAGGUGUGUCGAGACUGGACCAAUCAUCUGCUUCAAUCAGAGGAGCUCCUGCAGCAGAUUGCUGCCCAUCCAACGGCUGAUAUCGCCAUAAAUCAAGAAGACUUGAAUGAACAAUUCUCAGAAGGAUGACCUUUGGAGUAAUGUCCUCUCAACCAUGGUUGUUGGAAGACCACUGGAAGACAUUUUUUAGGUGCUCAAGUUUCAUGUACAAACUGCGUUAUUUGUUUUCUGUGUUUAGAGAGCUGGAAAGAUGUCCAUCAAAUGGAGUUUCCAUACUUCGUAGUCUACAAGGGCCAAACUGAAAAGGGGUGGACAUCGUCAUAGAUUGUAUCCUCUGAAGGAUGCAGCCCCUGAAUUGGGAUAUAGUUCGGUCUUUUAUCUUGACAUCAAAACGUUCCACCAUACUGCACCCACUGUUAUUGUACAUACAUAAAAAAAUGCUUCUCCAGCCGUACAUGAGUGUUGCUAGAUGUUAAUGUGUGGAUGUACUAUUUAACAAUUCAAACAUUACUUAUUUUUUCAAGUAAGUUUAAGUCAUGACAUGAAAUUCUGUAAAAAUUCUUUUAUUGAAGAAUUUCAUCAGUAGUAUAUUAUGAGCAGUAUUUAUGAUACAGGUAUUUAAAAUACGUAUUUGAAAUACAAAAUAGUAAUUUGUAUGUGAUAGGUUUGAGGAAAAUUGAAUCAUAUUUUGUAUAUAAAUUCUGUAUCUAAAUACUGUUUUGUAUUUUAGUUUAAAAUACUUUCUGUGAGACGUGUACGCGAUGACGUCAUAAAAAUGAAAAUCAAAGCAUGCAGUCCAAUUGGUGUCUUCUCAGGUAUAUGCCCAGGCUUCUUGAAAAAAAUUUAAGAAGACGCACAAGGAGAGAAAUGUGUUGGUUGAUAUCUCUCUGUCAAUUGUUAGCAUAAAUUGCUAUGAUUCUUAACAGUUCCUCUGUUUUGGUGUUUGCUUCAGUGUCUAAAUCAAAUUUGCGCAGUGUUCUAGCAAACAAUAAAACCCAAGUUACUGUAGAAGCCCUCACAGUUAAUGUUCGCUUGCUACUUUCAGCCUAUGCUAAGUUUAUGUCGGUUGUGGAUGGGAAAAAAACUACAAAGCAUUUCAGAGUUUUUGAACAUUGCUUAAUAAUGCCACGAGAUAGUUUAACUUAAUAAAUACACAUGUGUUUGUGCCUUAUUGUCAUUAACAAGGUGGUGCUGCAAAGCCAUGAAACAUAGGUUUUUAUCCAUUCCACCACUGGCUUUAGUUGUAGCUCACAACUUCUCUAAGUCUAGGUGUGUAACUUAGUGGGGGCUGUUUUUUUUGUCGUGGGCAUUAUAAUAGAAAAUGCCACCACAAGGUCGUUCUUUCGCCAACAUGUUGUUUAAGAACUUCCAAAUAGGUGUCUAAUUGCUGCUAACUAAAUAAUGCAUUGUUAAAUUAAUAUACCCCCAUUGAAGUAACUGUUUAGUAAUGUGAUUUCACUUGGAAAAGUAUUUUUUUGUAUUUUUAAAAUACACAAAUACAGUAGUUUGUUUUAAUACAAGGCAUGGCUGCCUUACUUUGUAGUUUCAAUUUGUAUGUAUCUUUGCCCAUUCCUCAUUAUUCUAUUAUCCCAUUGUCCCAUAUAUCCAUGUUCUGUUAAACAUGUAUACUGAUUUAUUUUUUUAUAAUUUCAAAGGUUCAGUGUGUAGAAUAAUUACAUGGUCAAUUUUAUUUAAUUUCUGCCAAUAGAUCCCUUUCACCUAAAUCUUACACACUGAACGUUUAAGGUCUCAGCCAUUUAUAAAUUGCCUUGAGAUAAUGUACAGUUGCAAGCAAAAUUAUUCAACCCCCAUGCACAUUAGGUUUAUUGACAAAAUAUACAAAUUCUCAGCUGUUUGCAAUAAACAAAUAACACAAUAACUGUUUAAGUUGUUCAAUGAAACAAAUACAAGGGGUUUUAUCCAAAUUCAACACAAAAUGCUACUUUUGAUGACUACUGCAGUCUCAAAAAUAUUGAAUCCCUUCAUGACAAGCAUCUUCAGUACUUAGUAGAGCACCCUUUAGCUGUUAUGACCUGCUGUAAACGUGAUGUAUAGCCAGACACCAGCUUCUGACAGCGUUCCUGAGGAAUCUUAGCCCAUUCCUCAUAGUAACUAUUUUAUCUGUGAAUUUGACUGCCUUUAAAAAAUAAUAUUUAGCCAAUAAUAGGAAGUCUGUGCAAAUUAAUUAUAUAAAUGGCUCAACAGGUUUUUGAUAAAUGGAGGCUUUUAACGUGUCUGUGUAUGUAAAGGCAUUUUUAUUCAAUUGUUUUUUGUGUGUUUGUGUCAAGCUUAGCGCCUGAUACAUGGACCAUACUGUCAGAGGCUCAACAGACUCAACAGCUGAGUCAUAUUCCAGCUUUACACUGUUGUGAAUGCAGUUUAAUGAUUUAUCAUAGUGAAAUUGGUGUAUUUACCUGAGUGGGAACUUACCUUUGAUCAGUUUAUAUACAUAUGUAAAUAUGCUUCAUAAAUACCCAACGGUAUUUAUAUGACAGUUCAACCCUGUCUAAUAUGUCCUCAUAUCUGCUGAUCCUCAUAAAGAAGUAAUCAUUAAUUUGAUACAGCAGAGCAGAUGUGAUCAAGUUUUGAGGCAGUUGUGGCUUAGAAAGCAGAGCGGUGAUCCACAAGCCAGACGGUAGUUCCUUGUCCCUGUCUCCCCCAUUCCUCAUGCUGAAGUGUUCAUGGGGAAGACAUUUAACUCCAAAUUGCCCCCUUGUACAUAAUGUGUGGGUGAUGUGUGAUAAGAAAGUGCUGCAAAGAUUUUUUUUUUUUAAAUGUCCCUGUGUGUAUCAGGUGUAAGGCUGCAAGCAUUUGUUUACUGAAAACAGUUGUCUGCCAAAACAAUGAACUAAAAUAGGUUAAUAUUUUAAGAGUUAAAAUUUCAAAUUUCACUUCAGUCAUAAUUUGAUAUAUAUUUUAUGUAAAUUUGUGCUCGUACUUGUCAUUUUAUGUUUACUCCUACUUAACCUCUUUUCAUGGGAAUGACAACGUUUUUUUCCGCUAUAUAACAGUUUUUCUCGAUUGCUCCGGCUCAUUUCAAGAAACAGAUUGAAUAUGUCAUUCCUUUAAUCAAAUUGCAAUUGUAUUAGCACAUCCUUGCACAUGACAAGUACAAUUGCCUACAGUUAGACCGGUUACCAAUUGAAUAUAUCUUGCUGGUCUCAACUGACUGUUGCUUCUCAAUCAAGUGGUUGUACUCUGCAGAACAUAAUUUCCUUGUGUACAUCAUCCCCUGCACAAUAGUUCACUCCACUGUCAAAAUCUUUCUGGCACAUAAUACCAUGAAAAACAUCAUGGUAUAUACUGUAAUAUGGAUCUCUUGGAUCGUCGGCUUAAUUUUCAGGUGCAACUUUCAGGUGCAGAUUUUUUCUGCAUGGAGGUGGACGGUCUAUGAGCAUCGGGCUCAAAACCCAGAGGUCCCUUCUCUAGGCAGUGGAUGCUGCUUGCGGUGAUGUCACAUGAGAGCAGUGUCAGGGAUGGUUGCGGCAUGCACACCGAUAUUUCCCCAGUUGCAUAGCAAGGGAGAACAUCAAAUGUGAUGUUGAUGAAAGUCUGCGGCCAGACAGACAUGAGCGCAAGGAUGAGCAGGAGAGUGAAGAUGAACCUCCAGCUUUGCUUUACUUUCUUACUGUAUGUGUUGUUAGUGUUGUAGGCUAUACCUAAUUUUAGUUUGAUGUGCUUAUUGUUUGACAGUAUAUUGUGCUGUACACAUUUUCUGUUACUGUAACCACGAUGUAUGGCAAUUGCUGUAACAAUUUCCAUGGAAGUAUGAGUUCAAUAAGUAUUUUAUGUGAAACCUUGAA